CAGAGCGCCAGUCGGCAGUGGCUGCAAUGGCGGGCCUCUGGGUGUGGACCGCGGUGCUGGUCGCGGCCAGACGGCGUGGGCGGCGAUUGCCGCAGCAGCUGAUGCGGAGCGCAGCGCUGUGGACCCUGAAGCGUGUUCCACACUACCCAAGACAGCACUUCAUGGUGUCCCGUAGUCUCUGUUCAGCAGGAUAUGAUUCUAAUGAAAAAACUUUCGAUAAAAUUCUUAUUGCUAAUAGAGGAGAAAUUGCAUGUAGGGUUAUUAAAACUUGCAAGAAGAUGGGCAUUAAGACGGUUGCCAUCCAUAGUGAUGUUGAUGCUAGUUCCGUUCAUGUGAAAAUGGCGGACGAGGCUGUCUGUGUUGGCCCAGCUCCCACCAGUAAAAGCUACCUCAACAUGGAUGCCAUCAUGGAAGCCAUUAAGAAAACCAGGGCCCAAGCUGUACAUCCAGGUUAUGGAUUCCUUUCAGAAAACAAAGAAUUUGCCAAAUGCCUGGCAGCAGAGGAUGUCGCUUUCAUUGGACCCGACACACAUGCUAUUCAAGCCAUGGGUGACAAGAUUGAAAGCAAAUUAUUAGCUAAGAAAGCAAAGGUUAACACAAUCCCUGGCUUUGAUGGUGUAGUCAAGGAUGCAGAUGAAGCUGUCAGAAUUGCAAGGGAAAUUGGCUACCCUGUCAUGAUCAAGGCCUCAGCAGGUGGUGGUGGGAAAGGCAUGCGAAUCGCCUGGGAUGAUGAAGAGACCAGGGAUGGUUUUAGAUUUUCAUCUCAAGAAGCUGCUUCUAGUUUUGGCGAUGAUAGACUACUAAUAGAAAAAUUUAUUGAUAACCCUCGUCAUAUAGAAAUCCAGGUUUUAGGUGACAAACAUGGGAAUGCAUUGUGGCUCAAUGAAAGAGAGUGCUCAAUUCAGCGAAGAAAUCAGAAAGUUGUGGAGGAAGCACCAAGCAUUUUUCUGGAUUCUAAGACUCGAAGAGCAAUGGGAGAACAAGCUGUAGCUCUUGCCAAAGCAGUGAAGUAUUCCUCUGCUGGAACCGUGGAAUUCCUUGUGGACUCGAAGAAGAAUUUUUAUUUCUUGGAAAUGAAUACAAGACUCCAGGUUGAGCAUCCCGUCACAGAAUGCAUUACCGGCCUGGACCUAGUCCAAGAAAUGAUCCGUGUUGCCAAGGGUUACCCUCUCAGGCACAGACAAGCUGAUAUUCCCAUCAACGGCUGGGCAGUUGAAUGUCGGGUUUAUGCUGAGGACCCCUACAAGUCUUUUGGUUUACCGUCCAUUGGGAGAUUGUCUCAGUACCAAGAACCAAUACAUCUACCUGGUGUCCGGGUUGACAGCGGCAUCCAACCAGGAAGUGAUAUUAGCAUUUAUUACGAUCCAAUGAUUUCAAAACUGAUCACAUAUGGUUCUGAUAGAACUGAAGCACUGAAGAGAAUGGAAGAUGCACUGGAUAAUUACGUUAUUCGAGGAGUUACACAUAAUAUUGCAUUACUCCGAGAGGUGAUAAUCAACUCACGCUUUAUAGAAGGAGACAUCAACACUAAAUUUCUUUCUGAUGUAUAUCCUGAUGGCUUUAAAGGACACAAGUUAACAGAGAGUGAGAGAAACCAAUUAUUGGCAAUAGCAUCAUCAUUGUUCGUGGCAUUCCAAUUAAGAGCACAACAUUUUCAAGAACAUGGAAAUUCGAGAGUGCCUAUUAUUAAACCACAAGUGGCUAACUGGGAGCUGUCAAUAAAAUUGCAUGAUGAAGUUCAUACUGUCAUAGCAUCAAACAGUGGGCCAACAUUCUCUGUGGAAGUUGAUGGGUCGAAACUAAAUGUGACCAGCACGUGGAACCUGGCUUCACCCUUACUGGCUGUCAACGUUGAUGGCACUCAGAGGACGAUACAGUAUCAGGUGCAUAUCUUAACCAAACUGGCUGCAGAACUGAACAAAUUUAUGCCGGAAAAAGUGGCUGAGGACACAAGCAGUAUUCUGCGCUCCCCGAUGCCUGGUGUGGUGGUGGCCGUCUCUGUCAAGCCUGGAGACAUGGUAGCAGAAGGUCAGGAAAUUUGUGUGAUUGAAGCCAUGAAAAUGCAGAACAGUAUGACAGCUGGGAAAACUGGCAAGGUGAAAUCAGUGCAUUGUAAAGCUGGAGACACAGUUGGAGAAGGAGAUCUGCUCGUGGAACUGGAAUGAAGUAUUUAUAGCCUUUCAGUCGUCACCCAAUUUAAUUAGCCAUUUGUAUUAUUAUUCUUUCACACUCAAUUUAUUCAAGCAUUUUGCAAGAACACCCCUGUGCAGCAGAUUUUACAUGGUCAUAUUUAUUCCACAUAUAGUCAAAACCAACAAUCUGCCAAAAAAUCACCAAUGGAAAUUUUUAUUGAUAUAAAUACUUGUACAUAUGAUUUGUACUUCUGCUGUGAGAUUUCCUAGUGUCAAAAUUAAAUCAAUAAAGCUGAGCAUUUGUCUAAAUAUUAGUUUGCCCUUUUUUUGAAUGAAGACAAUGUAUAUAAGAGGCUACUGGCUGUGCCAGUAGCCUUGAAAUACUAGCGUUCCAUUGUGAUCCUUUAAAAAACUUUCUGUAAAUCCCAGUUCUUCGCCUUCGUCUCAUUGAAUUAUCAUUUACCACCUUAAUAAUCUGUUUCCCUGCUGCUUCCUGGUUGAGGACCUCGUUCCCAUUUGCGGCUAUUCUGAACUUCCGAAAGCCCGCAUGGGGCCCCGGGGCCGGCCGCCGCUGGGGAGUUUGGAAAUCCCUCCUGCGCAGCUCCCACGGGGGAGUGCGGGGCCCAUGGACCUGGGGGGCGGCCCCCCUCCCCGUCCCCCAGGCUUUGCUGGGGCUCUCUCACCCCAGGAGUGGUGGGUGUGGCUGCCACAAGCCCAUCAGUUGAUACCCAUCCUUGCCUUUUUGUGUUUUUGUGAAGCAAGUUUCCAAUUAAGAAAAUAGGGCUAAAAAUACUGAUCCUGUUUUUAUGCCAGAUGCAGUUAGUGAUCACAGGCUACCAUUAAGUGGAAGAGCGAGGGAGCUCUCCCAGCGGAGAACGAGGUUACUAAGGAUCAGCAGCUGCAUUUUCACUGCUUCUGAAAUUCUUGGAAUACAUUUCAUACUUUGCUGGUAAGUAAGCAGAGGCAGAGUCGUGCGCUGAUCUGAAUCAACGCUGACAGAUUAUCAGAUAGAGGUGGGUAGUAAUUGGUACUUCGUGCCUUGCUAAAAUUAUUUCAAGUGCUGUUUGUAUUUGGAAGCUAUAAGCUUUCUGGCAGGCCUGAAGAACAAAUUACUAAUGUGUUGGUUCUUCUCUGAAAGGCCCCCCCCAACCCCCCAAAUGCUGCUCCCUUCGGAGGCAGGGACGGCACCUUGCCACUGGGCCUCGGGCUCAGGUGAGCUUCCAUCUGAAAUCGGGGUGUUCAGCAGCAUCUGCCGGUAAGGAGGUGGCUUGUGAUUUUGCUAGAUUAGAAUGAAAAGAACCUUCUACCAAGUAAGUAAAGCCCCCUCCCCCUCCCCCCCCCAAAAGCCAACAAUAGUACCAACACUUUUAAGUUUGGUUUCCCAAAACAUCCAGUUUAAUAUUAUAUGAUCAUCUUUAGUAAUAACUUCUUUAAUAAGCUUGAUCUGGAAACUGUGCAUACUAAUGUUUUAUAUGCUCUAAAACUACCCCAAACACAGUGUUUUUCUUGAGGUUCUUUUAUUACACUGAGAUAACCCAAAUCAGUUUAAAAAAUUCUUCUUGCUGCUACAAGUUAGAAUCAAUACAGUAGGGUUGCUAAAAUCUAGCUGCUACACGAAGUCUACAUUUUAAACGUUAUCUUCAAAGCAC